CCCCCACCUGCAGUCUGCUGAAUCAGACAGGCUAGAGCCCUCCGCCUCAGUAUCACAGAAGCAGGGGGAACAUCCGCGAUCCAACCUCCACGAUGUUGGACAACGAAGAGUUUAUUCUAGACACUUAUCCGCGGGAGCUCACCCAAAACCCGCUCAAGAAGAUCUGGAUGCCGUGCAUAAACGGGCACAUCGCGCACAGACGGGUGUGCAUGACAAACUGCCCGACCCUCAUUGUUACUGUUGGACUUCCAGCUCGAGGAAAGACUUAUAUUUCUAAGAAGCUCACUCGCUAUUUAAACUGGAUUGGAGUCCCAACCAAAGAGUUCAAUGUUGGCCAGUACCGGAGGGAGUGUCUGAAGAUCUACAAGUCAUUUGAGUUCUUCCGUCCAGAUAACGAAGAAGGUUUGAGAAUCAGACGGCAGUGUGCGCUGGCAGCACUCAAUGAUGUCCGCCAGUACCUGAGUGUCGAAGGAGGACAGGUGGCGGUGUUUGAUGCCACAAAUACGACAAGAGAAAGAAGAGGAACUAUUGUCAAGUUUGCUGAGCAGAAUGGCUUCAAGGUAUUUUUUGUGGAGUCUGUGUGUGAGGACCCAGAUGUCAUUGCACAAAAUAUAGUGCAAGUGAAGUUAGACAGUCCAGACUACCUACACUGCAACACAGAGGAGGCCGUUGAGGACUUCAUGAAGAGGAUCAAGUGUUACGAGUCGUCCUAUCAGCCUCUGGACGAGGUCCUGGACAGGGAUCUGUCCUACAUAAAGAUCAUGGACGUGGGCUGUCGCUACCUAGUGAACCGCGUUCUCGACCACAUCCAAAGCCGAAUCGUCUACUACCUGAUGAACAUCCACAUCACGCCGCGCUCCAUCUACCUGUGUCGCCACGGGGAGAGCGACCUCAACAUCAAGGGGCGCAUCGGAGGAGACUCCGGCUUAUCGGCCAGAGGAAAAGAGUAUGCCAAAAGUCUGAGGAAAUUCAUCCAGGAGCAGAAAAUCAACGAUCUGAAAGUGUGGACCAGUCAGAUGAAGAGGACCAUCCAGACAGCAGAGUGCCUGGAAGUGCCCUACGAACAAUGGAAGUCCCUCAACGAAAUCGACGCUGGGGUGUGUGAGGAAAUGCGGUAUGAGGAGAUUCAGGAGCACUUCCCUCUGGAGUUUGCACUGAGAGACCAAGACAAGUAUCGCUACCGCUACCCUAAAGGAGAGUCUUAUGAAGACCUGGUGCAGCGACUGGAGCCAGUGAUCAUGGAGUUGGAGAGACAGGAGAAUGUCCUGGUGGUCUGUCACCAGGCCGUCAUGCGUUGUCUUCUGGCAUAUUUCCUGGACAAGACUGCAGACGAGUUGCCUUAUCUUAAGUGUCCUUUGCACACAGUAUUGAAGUUGACCCCCAUGGCUUACGGAUGUAAAGUGGAGUCUGUCUGUUUAGGCGUGGACUCUGUGAACACACACAGAGACCGACCGGAGGUAGGUGUCCCAGGCAGCACACAGAAAUGUCCGUCAGCGGACGACGUACACAACUUGAACCCACCUCAGGGGUGAUUCCCCUCCAGUUUGCCUGUGACUCCAUUAGAUAAACUGGGAAAGAUGUGUGAUGGUCUUUAAUGAUUGCUUUAGAGGCCCAUUGUACGAGUUCCAUCCCAUUUAGUGUGAAUGUCCCUUCUAAAGCGGUCCUGCUGAUCCGUCCGUCUCUUCCAAAUGCACCAAGAAUGUAAGAAUCACUCCCACCUGCCAGCGAGCCCUGACUGCAAUGAAGACAGCUGUGACUUUUAUCACUGCUACCUCUGGCAUGUCUUUAUUUGCUUUAUUUGGGGUUAUUGAUUCAUUUUAUAUCUCGUGUUUUCCUUCCUUCAAGUAAAAAAAAUUCUACUAAAUUCAGAAAUGCUGAAAAUUACACAGAAUAAAAAUAAAAUAUUCACUAAAUAGAAACAAACAAUUCUUAUUUAAAAUUUCGGUCAAUGAGGAGGUGCCUCAAACUGCAGUUCGUCGCAUGGCCACUUGAGGUUGAUUCCAUAAGUGAGUCGAUCUUCGUUGACUCAAUUUUUAAUAAACUGUAGAGCAGAAAUAAACAUGUUUACUGUCUGGUACAAAAACAUGUAUUCGGUCUCUAUGGCUUGUUUUCUGCUCAAGGCCACAGGUCACCGUUGUGUUUGUGUGUAAAUGUGCUUUUAUAUUUGUUUUGGUUUGUCUUCAAGCUUUAAAUUGGUGUCGAGACUAGAAUCAGGUUCGUGUUUUGGUCCAAAUGAAGGAGGAAACUGAAAAGAAUUACUUUUUUGCAUCUUUAAAUGCCGUGAAGGAUUUAGCAUUGUUUUGUUGAUGUUUUUGUUACUAUUUGUAUACGUGAAUGUCAAUGUUUCUGCACAUGACUCAAAUUAUAUUUUUUUUAUUACCUUUAUCUUUGUUAACUCUUGUUUACCGCUUUGUUAAUGUUGAGGCUUAAUCUGUAAUGCCCACAAACAUUUGAUCACUAAAUGAUGUUUGCUGUUUACCAUAAAAUAUUUACUAAUAUUGUCAAAGUGGUAUUUGGUUAAUUCACAUGUUUCAAUCAUUUUAUCAACUAACUUUUUUUCAGAUUUUUUGUGAUAGUGAAGGUCAUUGUAAAUAUAUAAGAUAAGAUUUUAAAAUCUUACUUUUAAUGGUGAAUACAUCAAGGAUCAGUUAAUUUGUCUCAGACAAUGAUUGUGUUAAACUACAAUUGUCUGAAUGUUUGCGUGUACAUUUUUUUCUAUUUGACUUUGUCUUACUUCAUUUUUACAUUGCACCAAGUCCAAUUCUUCUAUGUAACAGAUGUCUUCUGUUUGUGAUUUUGAUGUCACGCAUUAGCUUGGGUUGGAGUAGACGUUUCAUUAAAGCAGAAAGUAAUGUUUGAAUUGUAUCUAUAAUAAAAUAUUGACUUCUGCUUUUCCCUCAA